CAAAUUGAAACGGGCGUGGAAUUGAGCGGUUAGUUUGCGAGAAGAGCGAGUGCUGUUACUGUCUCUGCUUGCUAUGGCUAAUAAGCAGAUCUACUAUUCCGACAAGUAUUUUGAUGAGCAGUACGAGUAUCGACAUGUGAUGCUGCCAAGAGAACUUUCAAAGCAAGUACCAAAAACUCAUCUAACGUCUGAAGAGGAAUGGAGACGACUUGGUGUUCAGCAAAGUCUUGGCUGGGUUCACUACAUGAUCCAUGAGCCAGAGCCACAUAUUCUUCUCUUCAGAAGACCUCUUCCAAAGGAUGAGCAAAAAUGAACUGCCUUCUAGAAAUCUCCUAUGUCUUCUGGAGCUUUAUGUGUAUGAGUGUGUAUAUAUAUGUUGGUAGUAUUCAGUGAAUACUUGAAAGUGUACAAAACAUAUAUCCAUACCCGUGCAUGAGCUGUAUUAUUUACAGCAACAAACCUCAGUCAAAUGCAAUUCCAAGUAGGCUGCUAUGAUAUUCAAGGAUUAAUGAAGUUAUCUUUAAUGUCAUUGCCUAUUUGACUUUUCAUUUAAUUUAAGUUUACAUAUUGCACGUUCUGACUAGAUAAUCACUUGUUACCUGUAUUCAGUAACUUUCACAUUUAUCUCUUCUAAUAAAUAGUUUAGCAUGUUCAAAUCCAA